AUUCUCCCUCUUCCACCCUCUUUACAUAUUCAACAUGCAGGCUUCUUAGACUAUUCUUCAGUUCCAUAUAUUUUGCCAGAACCAAUAUAAUCACCUAUCAAGAAACAUUUUGGCACAACCUACAUUAGCAAUGGGUUCUUUCUCCCAUAUUUCUGUGUUUACCCUCUCCUUAUUUUGUUGUAGUUUCUUGAUACAAGCUCAGCAACCAUAUGUUGGACCAAAAACAACAGAUUGUACAAAUCCAGAUACUUCAGAUUCUGUUCUUGGAUACACCUGUAAUGGCUUAAACAGGAGUUGCCAAGCUUAUCUGGUUUUCAGAUCCCAACCCUCAUAUAAUACCGUUACAUCAAUUUCCAAUCUCUUGUCUUCUGAUCCAUCUCAAAUUGCUGAGAUAAAUGAGGUUUCUGUGACUACAUCAUUUGAAACAAACCAUUUGGUUAUAGUUCCUGUCAACUGCUCAUGUUCUGGUGACUAUUAUCAGGUAAACACAACGUAUACUGUUCAGAGUGGAGACGGCUAUUUUCUUAUUGCCAAUGACACCUUCCAAGCCCUCUCAACUUGUCAAGCUAUACAGAAUCAGCAGCCUGAUAUUCGCUCUGAAAAUUUGACCAUUGGAUCAAGAAUUACGGUUCCUCUUAGAUGUGCUUGUCCCACAAGGAAUCAAAUUGAUGUGGGAAUUAACUAUCUGGUGAGCUACCCAAUUGCUCAAGGUGAUUCAGUUUCAGGUAUUAGUGAGAUGUUUGGGGCAGAUACUGAGAGGACUUUUGAAGCCAAUCAGCUUAAUGAUUCCAACAUUGUUUUCUUCACUACACUUUUGGUUCCCCUCAAGGACCCACCGUCUAAUAUCGCAGUGCCUUCACCGCCACCUCCACCUCCACCUCCAUCUCCAAAUUCUCCCCCCAGUGGAAGCUCCAACAAAACAUGGAUUUAUAUACUUGUUGGUGUUCUCGGGGGAGGUGCUCUAAUAUUGGUUGUUUGCACAGUGAUUUUCUGUGUGUUCUUCCGUAAAAGCAAGAAGAAACCUGAUUUGAUCAUGACCUCAGUAAGUUCUAAGGCUGCUGAAAAACCAUUGAAGAAAAAGUUAGAGGACGAAUCUCAGGACUUCUUGGAUAGUAUGUCACAUAUAGCUCAAUCUCUCAAUCUCAAAGUGUACAAAUUUGAAGAAUUGCAGCUUGCAACAGAUAACUUCAGCCCCAGCUGUCAGAUUAAAGGAUCGGUUUACCGUGGUGUAAUCCAGGGUGAUUUUGCAGCCAUCAAGAAAGUAAAUGGAGAUGUGUCAAAGGAGAUAGAACUGUUGAACAAGGUCAACCAUUCAAAUCUUAUUCGCCUUUCUGGACUUUGUUUCCAUGAUGGGCAUUGGUAUCUGGUUUAUGAGUAUGCUGCCAAUGGAGCAUUGAGUGACUGGAUCUUUCACAACAACAACAGUGGAAAAUACUUAAGCUGGAAACAGAGAAUUCAGAUUGCAUUAGAUGUAGCAACAGGACUUAACUACCUCCACUGCUUCUCCAAUCCUCCUCAUGUCCACAAGGACUUAAAAAGCAGUAAUGUUCUUCUUGAUGUUGAUUUCAGGGCUAAGAUUUCAAACUUUGCUCUAUCAAGGUCAACGGAAGGGCGAGAGGGCCAAUUUGCCUUGACAAGGCACAUUGUUGGGACAAAGGGUUACAUGGCUCCUGAGUAUUUGGAAAAUGGUUUAGUAUCCACAAAGCUUGAUGUUUAUGGAUUUGGGGUUCUCCUGCUGGAAGUAAUAACCGGGAAAGAAGCUGCUGCAUUCUGUGGUGAGGAAUAUAUGAACUUAUCAGACAUUUUAAGCAAUGUGCUUCACGAGAAAGAUGGACAGGAGGGUUUGAAGCAGUUGAUUGACCCCUCUAUGCUAGAGAAUUAUCCUUCAGAACUUGCCAUAGUUGUGGUCACAUUGAUAAAUAGUUGCUUAAAGAAAAAUCCAACAGCUCGCCCAGAUAUGGACGAAAUUGUGAAGUCUCUGUCAAGAAUGCUGACUGCUUCAUCGACUUGGGAUUCAUCAAGCAACAUGUCAGGGUCUCAAACAUCUACAGGAAACUAUUGAUUGCACCGGGCCUGAAAUGGAAACUUGAGUUAGUUUUUGUGAUUUUUUAGCUUUUAUUCUCUCCCCAGCAUACUGCCCCUCUAUUUCGAGCGGGCUGUAAGAUAAUAAGUUGAGUUAAUUCACAAUGGCUGUACUUGUGGUUCUUUUUCUAUUAAUUUUCCAUAUAUUAGUUUUUGGUACGUAUGUAGAAUUUUUAUUUUAAAAAAAUUAUU